CGCAGACACACAGAUUGAGCGUGUCAGCAACAACGUCCAUAUCGAAUCUAGAUUCUGGGUGCGUGCUAAACGGUGGUCAGACAGCGACGUGUUAGCUUAAGACGAAGAAGAUGCUGCUGCGCUCUGGACUCCUGUGGCGGCUGGCCGUGUUCGGUCUGCUCUGGGGCCUGCUGAUGCUGUCCCUGCUGCAGAGCAGUGCAGCACGCGUGAUUUACUUUAAUGCGCUGAACAGCAAUCAGAGCAUGGAAGCGGAGCAGAACGUCACGCUGGGCAAGGGCAUGCUGUUCGAGUCACGACGCGUCGGCUGCAGGCGUGGAUACAUGUAUGAUCACCAUAACCGCUGUCGCCGGAUUGUGUAGCGACCUUUGGACGGGGCUCGUUACCUUAUCGCUUAUCCAACACUCAUUAGCGUUUAACAAUUAUAUUAUGUUUGUACAACAAAAAAAGGAAAGAAGAACGACGUCACAAGACUACAGUCAUGAUGAAAUUACGAGAAAUUUCACGAAUAGCGAACUGCGAACAGCGCCAGACACUCUAUAGAUACCAGUGCAGAUACUAAAUACACAACUACAAGAUAGAAACUUUUCUUAGAUAAAGGAACCGUGCAGCGCUGACUCAACCGCUUGCUUUCAAAUCGAUAUUAGAGAAUUUGCUGCCAUUGUCACAUUUUUCGGAAUUUUCGGAACAUGCUGUCAUAGCAGCUGCUCUGUGACGUAGCCAUGAGCCAUGAGCCAUGAGGCCAUGAGGCGACGACUGCAGUUGAUUACAUCGAUUAUGGCAUAGCGACUCAUUCUGUUAACGGAACACUUCUACAGCCCACAAUCUGUGCCCAAGAAAUCCCCAAAGUCUGUCAGCGGUGAUCCCCUCUAAAUAUCUUAAUUCGAUCACGCUGCCUGGCACAUGUGUGUGUUUAUAUGGAAAACAUAUCUUCAAUUACUGAUUACUACUCAACCAGCUUUCUGUUGCCUUGUUAGGCGAUCAAAAAUAUAAACAAGAUUAUUUAAUCUGGCUGACAGUAUCCGUCAAAGGCAUACCCUCUAUAUCAUAUCUGUUAAGCGAUUGUCUAUCUAUACAAUAGCUAUCAGAUCGAUAUUUAUCGAUAAGCAGCAGCCACGCACAAUACUAAAUUUAAUUUGAUAGAAUUUUCUUUACAUCGUAUAUACCUUUCCUUAAAUAGAUUAUAAUAUAUAGCCCCUUUCCUUAGGCAGCUAUUCCUUUUGCCCAAUUAAACUAAGGCACCUAAACUUGACUUGUUAUAGCGA